AUGGUUCGUUUGGGGUCAUUGCACAGUAGUUUGUUUGUUAUGGCAGUAUUUUACUGUACGGUCGUGUAUUCUUCACAGUCAGUCACUUCAUGCAACCGUUUUAUCUCUCAACUGUCUGCUCUUGAGUGUUUUGGGUGGGGCACGAGUUCAUUCAAGCCUGUACCUGACUUCUCUCUCUUUUCUCCCCCUCCUUUCUCUCCCUGCUCCCUCCCCUUCUCCAGGCGGGAACACUGGAAGCUGCUGUCCAGUCUGAAGACCACGGUGGAGGGCCUGGUGUCCAGCAGCAACCCCAACGUGUGGUCUCGCUACGGGGGCUUGCAGCGGCUGCACAAGGACAUGAACCACAUCCUCAUCCACGGCCUCAAGCACGAGCAGGUCAGGCCUCGGGAAUGACAUCUCUUCUACUCUGUCAUUUGUACUUUUGAGAAGGAAAAAAAAACCAAGGCAUUAUUAUUUGGCAGUUUUUCCAGCCGCUUUAUUUUAAUGCUGGAUAAGAUCAUCUGCUAAAUGGGAGUUCAGGCUUUUCUUCCCUGUGUUUUCUUUGGGUGCAAAAGAAUGAACACAUCAUAAUUCUACUGCUUUUUCUCAGAAUCUGUUUUGCCAUAAAAAAUAAAGAAAGAAAAUCCUGUCCUGGUAACCCAAAUGUAAGAUGAGCCCCAUACCAAUACCAUUUUCCUGUAGUAAACGCUGGUUUUGUGUUGCAGGUGUACUACAAGCAGAAGGACUACUGGCCCUUUGUGUGGUGCGUCCGUUACAUCAGCCCUCACCUGGCCUCGCAUGUAGAACAGGUCCUCUCUCAAUCUACCCCCAAGUUAUUUAUGCCCAUCUCUUUUCAAUGACAAUUCACCCCAUGUAUAUUAUAUUGUGGUGGAUCCAGUACAGUUUAUUGUGACCACAGACAUUUUACUGCGUCCCAAAUGGCAGCCUAUUCCCUACUUAGUGCACUACUUUAGACCAGAGCCUUAUGAGCCCAGGUCAAAUGAAGUGCACUAUAUAAGGAAUAGUGUGCCAUUUGGUACGCUGGCCAUUGUUUUAUCUCUAUGGUUGUGUCAUUUAAACAAUGCAGUGAUUAGUCAUUGUGUAGCCUAAUGAUAAGUAGCGGUGCUAAUUUGAUGCUAAACCUGAACUGAUAGGCCCGCGGUUGACAAUGAGUUAAAAAGAAGCAAGGGAAAGCUGUAGUGGAUGAGUAAACACUUACACGCAGUGACUUCCGUGCUCUCACUGGGGUCAUACUUCAUCAACACCCUUGUCACACGCUGCUGAUCUUCACAGCGCUUUCUUAAUGAUCUCAGCUAGCCCAAGUUACAUUAGCGCAGACGGCACAAACAGAUCUGACCAGGCUACUAUUACAUACCAAACAGCUGGAGAGGGGGAGAGAGGGGUCAGCCACAGGUUCACCUGUUAUAUAAUGGUCAUGUGAGCGGAGCUUUGAUGUGAGUCUCUCUCUUCUCUCUCUCUCUCUCUCUCUCUCUCUCUCUCUCUCUCUCUCUCUCUCUCUCUCUCUCUGUCCCUCUCUCACGCUCUCUGUGUCUUUCUCUCUCUCUGUGUCUCUCUCUCUCUCUCUCCCUCUCUCUCUCUCUCGCUCUGUGUGUCUCUCUCUAUUGAUUUCUCCCCUCCAUCCUCUCAUCUGUUCGCCUUCCUCUUUAUUUUUCCUCACCCUUACCCUCCACUUCCAUCACUUCCCCUCACUCUCUCCCUCUACCAUCACCUCUCUCCCUCCCCUCUCUGGCCCUGUAGUUCAGUAAGCUGGAGCCCGUGCUGAGCAGUGGGCUGCAGAGUGUCGGGGAGAGCUACAAGGCCGAGCGCUGGCUGCUGCACAGCCUCCAGGUCCACCUGCUCUCAGCCCAGCUCCGACCCCUGCUCAAACACCAGGGACACACGCGCAAGUAUUACAACGGUAAGAGUGUGAGCCAAACCAAAACCAGAUUUGGCAUUUGAACCCAAAAAAAUCUGCCGUGUUUUUGUUGGUGUGAGUGGGUGUGAGACUGGGUGUGGGGGGUGCCAAACCAAGACCAUUUGCAAAUGGAAAUUUGAUGAAAGAAAGAUGUAAUCAAUCUUCUGGGUCUUCGAUGUUGAUCGACAGUGUUAUUGAUUUUUAUCCUGCCCCUAUCUUAUCUUGACUCUCUCUCUCUCUCUCUCUGCCUGCCUCUCUCUCUCUCUCUCUGCCUCUCUCUCUGCCUGCCUGCCUCUCUCUCUCUCUCUGCCUGCCUCUCUCUCUCUCUCUCUCUGCCUCUCUCUCUCUCUGCCUGCCUCUCUCUCUCUCUCUCUCUCUCUCUCUCUCUCUCUCUCUGCCUGCCUCUCUCUCUCUCUCUGCCUGCCUCUCUCUCUCUCUCUGCCUCUCUCUCUCUCUCUGCCUGCCUCUCUCUCAGUGGAGGCCUUUCUGCUGAGUGAGCCCCAUGUGAAGGCCAUGUUCCAGUGUCUGGAGGCCGUGGAGCAGAACAACCCCCGUCUGCUGGCCCUUGUCAACACAGUUAGGGUGAGACACACACACACACAGAGAGAGAGAGUUGAGCACACACCAAUCAUGCUCUCUCUCUUCUUCUCUCUUCUUCUCUCCUUUCUCUCUCUCUCUCUCUCUCUCUGUAUCUCUCUCUCUCUCUCUCUCUCUGUAUCUCUCUCUCUCUCUCUUCUUCUCUCUUCUCUCUCUCUCUCUUCUCUCUCUCUCUCUCUCUCUCUCUCUCUCUCUCUCUCUGUUCGUGUCUCAGGUUCCUAUCCCUGAUAUCCUCUUCAGUGUAUGUGGCUGAUCUCUCUGCCUCUUUCCUUGUCUAUCUAUUUGUGUUGUCUUUUCUGUAACCUCUCAGCUCUGCCACUCAGAAAUUGUUUCCUUUUUUCUCUCAUGUUUUCACAGUAACUUUUUUCUUCUAUACCUCAUUUUCUUUGCAUGUAUUCAUCUCUUACCCUGUAUCUUCCAGUACCUCUCUCUCUCCUCUAAUCCACAUCCCUCUCUUUUUCUCUCUCAGCUGUCCACUCUAAUGUGCUCUCCAUACAUGGAGGGCCUGUUGAAGAGCCGGAGUCUGUGUGUUCUGCCGGGGACUGGGGGUGGCUGGAGGUCCGGGGAAGGCCAGGAUCCCCCCAGAGGGGAGCUGAACCACAGGCUCACCACCUCCCAGUGCUCCCUCCCCCACCGAGACAGAGGACUCACACCCAACAGCAAUAACACAGGGGCCAUCUCAGAGAGCAACUCCGGUGAGGAGGGGAGGGAGUGAGAAAGGGAAUGGGAGGGAGUGAAGGGACAUAGUGAGAUGGGGGAGAGGGCUAAUGAGAGGGCUAAUGAGAGGGGGGAGAGGGAUAAUGAGGGGGGAGAAGGCUAAUGAGAGAGAUAAUGAGGGAUAAUGAGGGGGGGAGAGGGAUAAUGAGGGGGGAUAAUGAGAGGGGAGAGGGAUAAUGAGAGGGGAGAGGGAUAAUGAGGGGAGAGAGGGAUAAUGAGGGGGGAUAAUGAGAGGGGAGAGGGAAUAAAUGAGAGGGAUAAUGAGAGGGGAGAGGGAGAGAGGGAUGGGGAUGAGGGGGGAUAAUGAGAGGGGAGAGGGGAUUAAGGAGGGGGGGAUAAUGAGAGGGGAGAGGGAUAAUGGAAUAGGGGGAGAGGGAUUUUCUGAGGGGUAGAAGGGUAUGAGGGGAAAUGAGGGGAGGUAUGAGGGAAUGAGAGGGAGAGGGAUGGAUGAGGGGGGAUAAUGAGGGGAGAGAGGGAUAAUGAGGGGGAGGGGAAAUGAGGGGAGAGGGGAUAAUGAGGGGGGGGAGGAAUGAGUGAGGAGGGAGAGAGAGGAUAGAGAUGGGAUGAGGGGGGAGGGACGAGGGAGAUGGAAUGAGGGGGAGGGGAGAGAGGAUAAGAGGGGGGAGGGGAUAAUGAGAGGGGAGGGAUAUGAGGGGUGGGGAUAAGAGGGAGGGGAUAGAGGAGGGGAGACGAUAGAGAGGGGGGAGAGGAGGGAGGUGAGAGGGGGAGGAGCGAGGGAUGGUGAGGGGGGAGAGCGAGGAUGGUGAGAGGGGGAGGAGGGGGUAUGAGAGGAGGUGAGAGGGAGAGGGGGGAGGAUAGGAGGGAUGGUGAGAGGGGGGAGGAGGAGGGAUGGUGAGAGGGGGGAGGCGAUGGAGGGGGGGGGAGGGGGGAGGAGGGGGAGAGAUAGUGAGAGGGGGGAGGGCGAGGAUGGUGAGAGGGGGGAGGAGCGAGGGUGGUGAGAGGGGGGAGGAGCGAGGGAGGGAGGUGAGAGGGGGGAGACGAUAGAGAGGGGGGAGGAGCGAGGGAUGGUGAGAGGGGGGAGAGAUGUGGAGGGGGGAGGAUGAGGAGGGGGAGGAGCGAGGGAUGGUGAGAGGGGGGAGACGGAUAGAGAGGGGAGUAGGAGGGGGAGGAGCGAGGGAUGGUGAGAGGGGGGGGAGACGGUUUAGAGAGGGGGGAGACGAUAGAGAGGGGAAGGAGGAGGGGGAGACGAUAGAGAGGGGGGAGGAGAGAGAGGGGGACGACGAUAGAGAGGGAUGGAGAGAGGGGGGAGGACGAUAGAAGGGGGUGAGAGGGGGAGGCGAUAGGAAGAGGGGGGAGGCGAUAGAGGGGGGAGGGAUAGAGAGGGGGAUGGUAGAGGGGGGAGACGAUAGAGAGGGAUGGUGAGAGGGGGGAGGCGAUAGAGAGGGAUGGUGAGAGGGGGGAGGCGAUAGAGAGGGAUGGUGAGAGGGGGGAGGCGAUAGAGAGGGGGGAGGCGAUAGUGGAGCAACAGUCUGAAUGGAGGUUAGACAAGAUGUGUUCUGUGGCGGUAGGUAGCCUGUUGUUUAAGAGCGAUGGGCCAGUAACCGAAAGGUCGCUGGUUCGAAUCCCCGAGCCAACUGGGUGAGAAAUCUGUGCCCCUGAGCAAGGCACCUGUAAGUCACUGUGGAUAAGAGUGUCAAAUUUACAUUUACAUUUACGUCAUUUAGCAGAUGCUCUUAUCCAGAGCGACUUACAAAUUGGUGCAUUCACCUUAUGAUAGCCAGUGGGACAACCACUUUACACAACUUUUUUUGGGGGGUGGGGUAAGUGGGGGUAGAAGGAUUAUUUAUCCUAUCCCAGGUAUUCCUUAAAGAUGUAAAUGUUAUUGCAUCAUCAUUCCAAAAGGUCAAUGUCCACAAUAAGUCACUAUGGACCACAAUAGCACACUGACACCAGAAUUGGCUUCAGUGUUUGUGGGUGCCCUGAGACUACACAGGCCUGAUUUGGGAAUGGAGAUAUGGUUUAUUAGUGACUGUAACAUGAAGGAUUCACUAAAACUCCUAUCUGUGUUUUUUUGAUAGAGCGAAACAUUCAGAAUGUUGCAUAUAUAAAUAGAAUAUAUUGAGAAGACUGUGGAUGCUACUCCACGUUAGAGAAUCAGGAUAUGAUCUCUUGAAUAAGUCAAUUUUUUUAUAUUUCAUCAGAGACGUAGCAAUUACUAUAAGCUAUAUAAAGUUAUAUAUCUAUCUCUCUGAUUCAGCCCAUACUACUAUAAGUGUAUCCAGGCUAUAUAAAGGUAUAUAUCUAUCUCUCUGAUUCAGCCCAUACUGUUCUUGUUUCUCCUCUAGACUCUGCUCCAUCCACUAGGUCCUCGAGAGCCCCCUGGGGGUGCGUGGGGUGGUCCGAGGGAGAUGGUGAAAGGGGCAUGACCCCCCCUCCCGGUCCCUCAUUGGCGGUCCCCUCCAUCGCCCUGACUGAGCCCGCCUCCCCAGGCCCCGCCCACUCCGACGCUCUAGACUCUGGCGAGGGCGACUACGACGACGGGCCCGAGUAUCUGGCUAUCGGGAACCUAGGGCAACGUGGCAAUCGGCGCGACUCCCAAAGCUCCACCCCCGGCGGCGGCGGCGAGUCAGGUGACGAGAUUCAGGUCCAGUCCCCUGGGAGGAGCUCCUUGGCUUCGGUCCCGCCUCCCGCUCCCCGGAGGUCAUCCUUCUCGGAGGGUCAGAGGGAGCCGGGUCGGAGGGGCAGCAGGGGGCACAUCCGCUCGAUGUCCGACACAGGGAUCAACAACAAACAUAGACCUGGUGAGCGUGCGCGUGUGUGUUUAUGUGUGCGUCCGUGUGCAGCAGGUGAGAGGUUAGGGUAUGUUUGCUGAGCGUGAAAGCAAGCCUGUAAGUGUCUUUAUCUAUGCAUGUUUCGGUGUGAAUUUAAAUGUCAAAAAAGUCAUUUACAAUGUUUGUGCUCCACUGGUUGCCCUUUUCUCAUGGCAACGGGCCACAAAUCUUGCUGCCGUGAUGGCACACUGCGGUAUUUUGCCUAACAGAUAUGGGAGUUUAUCAAUGUUUGAUUUGUUUUCAAAUUCUUUGUGGAUCUGUGUAAUCUGUGGGAAAUAUGUCUCUAAUGUGGUCAUACAUUUGGCAGGAGGUUAGGAAGUGUAGCUCAGUUUCCACCUCAUUUUGUGGGCAGUGGGCACAUAGCCUGUCUUCUCUCGAGAGCCAGGUCUGCCUACGGCGGCCUUUCUCAAUAGCAAGGCUCACUGAGUCUGUACAUAGUCAAGGAUUUUCUUAAUUUGGGGUCAGUCACGGUGGUCAGGUAUUCUGCCACUGUGUACUCUCUGUUUAGGGCCAGAUAGCAUUCCAAUUUGCUCAGUGUUUUGGUUGAUUCUUUCCCGUGUGUAAAAAGUUAUUGUUUUGCUUUCGCAUAAUUUGGUUGGGUCUAAAUGUGUUUCUAUCCUGGGGCUCUGUGGGGUCUGUUUGUGAACAGAGCCCCAGAACCAGCUGGCUGAGGAUACUUUUCUCUAUGUUCAUCUUUCUAUAGUUGAGGGCUUUGUGGUGGAAUGUGUGGGCAUCUCUUCCUUUUAGGUGGUUGUAGAAUUGAACAGCUCUUUUCUGGAUUUUGAUAACUAGCGGGUAUAGUCCUAAUUCUGCUCUGCAUGCAUUGUUUGGGGUUUUGCAUUGUACACAAAGUAUAUUUUUGCAGAAUUCUGGAUGCAGUCUCAAUUUGGUGUUUGUCCCAUUUUGUGAAUUCUUGGUUGGUGAGUGGACCCCAGAUCUCACAACCAUAGAGGUCAAUGGGUUCGAUAACUGAUUGAAGUAUUUUUUUAGCCAGAUCCUAAUUGGGAUGUUGAGUUUUUGAUGUCUCUUAGAUCGUUCACCGCCUUGUGGAAGUUACCUGUGGUGUUGAUUUUUAGGCCGAGGUAGGUGUAAUGUUUUGUGUGCUCUAGGGCAACAGUGUCUAGAUAGAAUUUGUAUUUGUGGUCCUGGCAACUGGACCUUUUUUGGAACACCAUUAUUUUUGUCUUACUGAGAUUCACUGUCAGGGGCCAAAGUCUGACAAUCUGUGGAAAUAAAUAUUUUUGGGUUGGAGGGUUUGUAUUUUGACCUGUAGCUCAUCCAAUGUAAUUGGAGAAUCCAGUGGGUUCUGGUAGGCUUUAAUAGCUGAUUUUAAGUUUAGUAAAUUAUCAUGUAUAUGUUUUUGUGCUUGGUUCUUUGUUAAAUGGCUGAAAAGGUUGGAGAAGUGAUUUAUCCAUACAUCUCCAUUUUGGAUAGAUAGCUCUUUGUGUUGUUGGAUUAGUGCGUUCCAAUUUCACCAGAAGUGAUUUGAUUCUAUGGAUUCUUCAAUCACAAUGAACUGUUUUCUGACGUGCUGUUAAUUAUUUUAUCUUAGUGUAUUUCUGUAUUGUUUUAGUGUUUCACCAUAGUGAAGGCGUAAGCUCAGGUUUUCUGGUUCUCUGUGUUUUUGGUUGGAUAGGUUUCUCAAUUUUCUUUCGUAGGUUUUUACAUUCUUCAUCAAACCAUUUCUCUUUUGUUGUUAGCUGUCUUAGGUUUUCUGCCGGAAUUUUAAAUUUGAUAAGUUUUACACCUUCACUAUUGCAGGAAAACAUUUUGUCCAGGAAGUUGUCUAGGAGGGAUUGGAUUUGUUGUUGGCCAAUUGUUUUUCGGUAGGUUUCUACACUACCCUCCUUCCAUCUGUUGCAUUUCUUAAUAGUAUGCAGUCUGCUCGGCUUCCAUGCCUCUUGGUUGAUUAUUGCUCCGUUCAAGUAGACUGUGAUUUUGCUGUGAUCUGAUAGGGUGUCAGUGGGCUGACUGUGAACGCUCUGAGAGACUCUGGGUUGAGGUCGGUGAGAAAAUACCCUUGGUUAUUGUUGUUACUGUUGUCGUCCCGUUGACAAUGUUAAUAGUGUAAAUAUCUAAAGUAAGCUUUGGCGAUAUGUACAUUGUUACGUCAUGCCAAUAAAGCAAAUUGAAUUGAUAUAAAGUUGUCUUCAGUCCUACUGCCAAGAGAUGAGCUUCUCUCUCGCUCUCUCCUUCUCCUCUUUCUCUCUCUUUCUCUCUCUCUCUGCUUUGCGGUAAUAUUUUCUCUCUCCCUCUCUCUUUUCCUCGUUCUGUCUAUCUGCGUGAAGGAAGGGGCCACAGGAAAAUCAGCAUUAUAAUAGAGGACCCUGUAGCAGGUUGGCAGUGCAGUUCUUCUGCGCUCCAUCUCUCCCUCUCUCAUCCCCCUUUCCCUCCCUGCCUUCCUUCCGCAUGCUAAUUCCCUUCUUCCCCUCUCAUCUGGCCUUGCCUUUGGUUCCUCAUUUGUGCCGUUGUUUUCUUGGUUGCUGUUUUGGUUGUCGUUUGGUUGGUUUUAGGUCAAACCAAGAUCAAGACCCGAGGCCAAAACAGCCACGUUCAUUCAUUGUGUUGGAUAAUGUUUAAAUGCACGCUACUUUUAUUACAAUAUGGUGUUUCAAUGUUGUUUUUUGGUCAUUCAUUGUUCAUUGAAUGCAUCGUGAUUUUACUAUCCAUUUGUUUUAACGAAUGAUUUCUUUUCUCUGUAUCAUCACAAUAUUUGCCCUGGGUUUGCAGCGAGUACACCACAUGCACGGACAUGUAAAUGUUUAGUACUUGAUAUUUGAUAGAUUUUUUCCCUGUGAUGUCAUUGACCUAGCUGGUAACAAAACAUUGACAUUUUGUUUUUAUACGUUUACUUUCGAUAUUAUCCUUUUGUGGGUGUCUAACUGAGCAUGUCUCAACAUGGAUACUAAAGUUGAAAUCCUAAUCUACUGACUCAGUCGAUCAGUUACCAGUCUGUUAGCUAACUUUAGCAUAAAUGUUGAAUACCGAACCAGUCAGGCAACCAGGCUAUUUGUUGGCCCUUGAUGAUAAGACACUGAUCUAAUGUCAGUUCCGUGGUCAAUCUUAACGUCUGCUGUGUGUUCUGUGUGUCAGAAUCAUUGGUUGCAGAGGACUGUCGUGUGAAGGACUACAGCCCUUUCUCCCUUGCCAGCAGUGAUGCCAGCACACCCAGUUCCCUCUAUAUGGAGGCUAGUGAGUAGACUGGUUCAAACAUUGUCCUUCAUUACCUUACCCGAGGUAUAUAUUCCUGUUACCUGCACUGCCUUCAGAAAGUAGAAAGUGUUCACACCCCUUGACUUUAUCCAGUUUGUUGUGUUACCAGCCUGAAUUUAACAUGGAUUACAUUUGAGAUUUUGUGUCACUGGCCUACCCACAAUACCCCAUAAUGUCAAAGUGGAAUUAUGUUUUUAGUAAUUUUGACAAAUUUAAUUUAAAUUAAAAAGCUGAAAUUUCUUGAGCCAAUUAGUAUUCCACCCGUUUGUUAUGGCAAGCCUAAAUAAGUUCAGGAGUAAAAAGUUGCGUAACAAGUUACAUAAUAAGUUGCAUGGACUCAUUCUGUGUGCAAUAAUAGUUAAACAUUAUUAUGUUUUUAUUACUACCUCAUCUCUGUACCCCACACAUACAAUUAUCUGUGUCAGUCGAGCAGUGAAUUUCAAACACAGAUUCAACCACAAAGACCAGGGAUGUUUUCCAAUGCCUCGCAAAGAAGGGCACCUAUUGUUAAAACAAUUUUUUUUUAAAGCCGACAUUUAAUAUCCCUUUCAGCAUGGUGAAGUUAUUAAUUACACUUUGGAUGGUGUAUCAAUACACCCAGUCACUACAAAGAUACAGGCGUUCUUCCUAACUCCAUUGCCGGAGAGGAAGGAAACCGCUCAGGGAUUUCACCAUGAGGCCAAUGUUUGACUUUAAAACAACAACAUUUUAGUUACUCCACACAAUACUAACCUAAAUGACAGAGUGAAAAGAAGGAAGCCUGUACAGAAUAAAAAUAUUCCAAAACAUGCAUCCUGUUUGCAAUAAGGCACUAAAUUAAAACUGCAAAAAAUGUGGCAAAGAAAUGACCUUUAUGUCCCGAAUACAAAGCAUUAUGUUUGGGGCAAAUCCAACACAACACGUCACUGAGUACCCCUCUUCAUAGUUUCAAACAUGGUGGUGGCUGCAUCAUGUUAUGGGUAUGCUUGUGUAACAGUUUUGCUUCCGUCCCUCUCCUCACCCCAAUCUGGGCUUUAACCAGGGACCCCUGAACACAUCGACAACAGUCAACCUCGAAGCAUCGCUACCCUUCGCGCCACAAAAGCUUUGGUCCUUGCAAAGCAAGGAAAACAACUACUUUAAGAUCUCAGAGCGAUUUGACGUCACCGAUUGAAAAGCUACUAGCGCGUAGCGCUAUCUAGCUAGCCAUUUCACACCGGUUACACUUGUCAUCGUCAAGGACUACAGAGUUUUUUUUUUUUUAGGAUGAAAAGAAACAGAGUAGAGCUAAGCACAGGCAAAAUCCUAGAGGAAAACCUGGUUGUCUGCUUUCCAACAGACAUUGGGAGACAAAUUCACCUUUCAGCAGGACAAUAACCUAAAACACAAGGCCAAAUAUACACUGGAGUUGCUUACCAAGAUGACAUUGAAUGAACCUGAGUGACCUAGUUACAGUUUUGACUUAAAUAUGGCUUGAAAAUCUAUGGCAAGACUUGAAAAUGGCUGUCUAGCAAUGAUCAACAACCAACGUGAUCGAGCUUCAAGAGUUUUUUUAAAAAAGAAUGUGCAAAUAUUAUGCAAUCCAGGUGUGCAAAGCUCUUAGAGACUUAUCCAGAAAGACUCAUAGCUGUAAUCGCUGCCAAAGGUGCUUCUAGAAAGUACUGACUCGGGUGUGAAUACUUUUGUAAAUGAGAUAUUUCUGUACUUCAUUUUCAAUAAAUUAACAAACAUUUCAAAAAACAUGUUUUUUUCUCCCUUUGUCAUUAUGGGGUAUUGUGUGUAGAUGGGUGAGAUAUUGUUUUACAAAUCCAUUUGGAAUUCAGGCUGUAACACAACAACGUGUAAUAAGUCAAGCGGUAUGAAAACUUAAGGCACUGUAUGUUGUCAUACACCAGUACCUUCAAGUUUAAACACUGUCUUUUCUGAAAGUGUGGUUUGUGUGUGUGACUCUCUCUUUGUGUGUGUGACACUCUCUUUGUGUGUGUGUGUCGCUGCGUGUGUGUGUGUCUCGCUGUGUGUGUGUGUGUGUGUGUGUGUGUGUCUCGCUGCGUGUGUGUGUGUGUCUCGCUGUGUGUGUGUGUGUGUGUGUGUGUGUCUCGCUGUGUGUGUGUGUGUCUCGCUGUGUGUGUGUGUGUGUGUGUGUGUGUCUCGCUGUGUGUGUCUGUGUCUCGCUGCGUGUGUGUGUGUGUGUCUCGCUGCGUGUGUGUGUCUCGCUGUGUGUGUGUGUGUGUGUGUCUCGCUGUGUGUGUGUGUGUGUGUGUGGUCUCCGCAGACUGCUCACAGUACAGCAGUGUUCCAGACUGCAUGUUCCGGAAGCCGUUGGAGGGCCAGAGCCUCAUCAGCUAUCUGUCGGAGCAGGACUUCGGCAGCUGUGCUGACCUGGAGAAGGUGAGCCUUGGGGAGGGUUCAUAAAACCCGCUUCUGACCCCUGACCCUUGACCUCUCUCUGAGUGAUUAGAAUCUAACGUUCAAAUGUUCCAAUUCUCCCGAAGUCUGCACUCGUGCACUCCUCCCCACACAUUGAAUUCCUCACCCCAGACCACUCCUUUUAAAGGAGGUGUAUGAGCGCACACUAAAGACAGAGGGUUAGAGAAUAGGGCCGUUGUUAGAACCUGCCUCCGCUGCUAACUUGUCUUAUAGGGUAAGCAACAUGGUCGAAUAAGGCACUGGUUGGCAAGGAAGAUAGGUUUCUUUUGAUGAAAUCAAUGAUCUAAUACGAUUGGAUUGGGCCUUACACUUUUUAUUACAUGUUUAACGGAUGCCCCUUUUACACUUUUGUCAACAAAAAUAUAAAUAAUGGACUGAGAAAUUGCACGAUUAUUGCGAUAAUAAUGUCCUUACCUUAAUAUCCCUUAAGUUCAUCUCCCCAACUGUGUUAAAUCAGUCAUAACUUCAAGUUAGGGCAGAAGGGAGCAUCCAUUUUGAAAGUGUUACAACAAGGCCUCACUCUCCCCCCCCGGCCAUCUGUGUCUCAUUCCAGGAGAACGCCCACUUCAGCAUCUCAGAGUCUCUGAUUGCCGCCAUCGAGCUGAUGAAGUGCAACCUGCGGCGGCUGAUGGAGGAGGAGGAGGAGGGUGGCGACAGUGACUCAGAGAUCCAGCAGCUCAAACAGAAGAUCCGCCUGCGUAGGCACCAGAUCCAGCGCAGCCGCCUGCCGCCCUCGCAGCACUGUAAGAGUUUACGCAUGACCAGACGUACACCUGCACGGAUACACGCACACACACACGUUAGAGCUGGGGACCAUAAACCAAACAUUACCCACACCGACAUUGCCGUCCUCUUACUGAAGCAUUUUGCGUACGUCUGUAAUUUUCUGUGAUUUUUGUUACACAACGUUCCUGUAGAUUUGUUCUAAAACCAUUCAUUUGGUCAACAGUUAAUAGCCUAUGCAUUUUGUUGAUAUUCCUGCUAUGAAAGUAUCAGCCUGUUCCUGUUUUGCUGUCUGUCGCUGUGUGAUCGAGCCACUCUCACUCCCUCUCCCCACUGUGCUCACGGAGGAUAUGACCGUUGCUCAAACUGCAAUUGCGGGAAAUUACAGUUUUCUAAGCAACGACUGUUGCUCCUGUCAGAGAGGAGUCGCCGCUCUCUGUCGGAGAGGAGUCGCCGCUCUCUGUCGGAGAGGAGUCGCCGCUCUCUGUCGGAGAGGAGUCACCGCUCUCUGUCAGGGAGGAGUCGCCGCUCUGUCAGAGAGGAGUGGCCGCUCUCUGUCAGAGAGGAGUGGCCGCUCUCUGUCAGAGAGGAGUGGCCGCUCUCUGUCAGAGAGGAGUGGCCGCUCUCUGUCAGAGAGGAGUGGCCGCGCUCUGUCAGAGAGGAGUGGCCGCUCUCUGUCAGAGAGGAGUGGCCGCUCUCUGUCAGAGAGGAGUGGCCGCUCUCUGUGAGUGUAUUAUUUAUUUUUUCACCUCUUAAUAUUGAGUUCAUGGCGGUGUUAAUUUCCUCCACAAAAAUAGUGACAAACAUUAGUCAAACCUAUUUUUCAGUGGAAAUUGACGAAACGGUAACUGACUAAAUCGUUUUUUUCUGGGUCUAACUAAACAAAGGAUUUUUCAUUUCGGUUGACGAAAACGAGAUCAGACUAAAUUAUCUCUGUGACUAAAAUCUGAUUAGUAAAUGGACUGGACAAGAGUUUUUGGAGAGAUUGAGAGCUUUUCACAGUUAUUUGUUUAGUCCAACCAAAAACAUGCAUGACAUUAGCAGAAUUGCAAUGCUUUUAUUGGUGGAAAAUAAAUAACAAGCCCAGGUCAUUCACGAGUCACUUCUCUGCCCGGCAACCAUUCUCCAAUCUGGCGGCAACAAAUCAUUGAUGUAAAUAAGGCACACAGCAUGGCUACUCUGCCGGUGGUACAAGCUCCCGGUAGAAAAAUGGGUGAUGUUUGGAGACACUUUACUUAUCGUGCCGAUUCAAACAAGACCGAAUGCAACGUUUCCACGGGAGAAGACAGUGUUUGCACCCAGAAGUUCACGAGGAAAAAUACUUCCGACCUCGAGAGACAUCAGAAAGAGCAUCAUCGCAAUAUACAGUGCAUUCGGAAAGUAUUCAGACCUCUUCAAUUUUCCACAUUUUGUUACGUUACAACGUUAUUCUAAAAUGGAUUAAAUCGUUUUUUUCCACCUCCAAUCUACACACAAUACCACAUAACGACAAAGCAAAAGCAGGUUUUUCAGAAAUAUCACAUUUAAAUAAGUAUUCAGAUCCUUUACUCAGUACUUUGUUUCAGUACCUUGAGUCUUCUUGGUACUUUGUUACAGCCUUGAGUCUUCUUGGGUGUGAUGCUACAAGCUUAUCACACCUGUAUUUGGGGAGUUUCUCCCAUUCUUCUCUGCAGAUCAUAUCAAGCUCUGUCAGUUUGGAUGGGGAGCAUCACUGCACAGCUAUUUUCAGGUCUCUCCAGAGAUGUUCGAUUGGGUUCAAGUCCGGGCCCUGGCUGGGCCACACAAGGACAUUCAGAGACUUGUCCUGAAGCCACUCCUGUGUUGUCUUGGCUGUAUGAUUAGGGUCGUUGUCCUGUUGGAAGGUGAACCUUCGCCCCAGUCUGAGGUUCCUGAGCGCUCUGGAGCAUCAAGGAUCUCUGUACUUUGCUCCGUUCAUGUUUCCCUCGAUCCUGACUAGUCUCCCAGUCCCUGCUGCUGAAAAAACAUCCUCACAGCAUGAUGCUGCCAGGUUUCCUCCAGACGUGACGCUUGGCAUUUACAUUUUACAUUUUAGUCAUUUAGCAGACGCUCUUAUCCAGAGCGACUUACAGUUAGUGAGUGCAUACAUUUUUUCAUCCCCCAUGGGAAUCGAACCCACAACCCUGGCGUUGCAAGCGCCAUGCUCUACCAACUGAGCUACAUGGGACUAUCAGGCCAAAGAAGAUUCAAGGAUGUAAUUGCUGCCAAAGGUGCUUCAACAAAGUACUGAGUAAAGGAUCUGAAUACUUAUGUAAAUGUGAUAUUUAAGUUUUAUUUUAUUUUUUAUAAAUGUGCAAAAAAAAUCGACAUCUGUGUUUGCUUUGUCAUUAUGGGGUAUUGUGUGUAAAUUGACGAGGGGAAAAAAAUGAUUGAAUCCAUUUUUGAAUAAGGCUGUAACGUAACAAAAUGUGGAAAAAGUAAAGGGGUCUGAAUACUUUCCGAAUGCAAAAUGUAUAGACUAUAAUGAUUUAAUACAACAAAAUGGUGUUUAAAUGCUGAGCGUUUUAUGUCCCUACCAGCAUAGUGUGUCACACUCGCUAAUGCUUCACAAUGUAUUUCUGUGUAGGCUAUAGCCUUGAAAUCAUUGAAAUAAUACAGCCUAAAUAAUUCAUUUUCAUUCCUCCUUAGGCUCCCUGUCUGGCUCCUGACCUAUUUAGAGUGUUUAUAUGCUGUUUAAUAUGUGUCCGACCGGCUCGAUUCGGUCUUAUGUAGCAAAAUUAGAAAUUUUGUUUUUUACAUUGGAUAAAAGUAAAGACUCUGAGCUAGAAAAUGGUAGAUCAUACACUACAGUUGAGGAACAAUGGGAAAGUAAUUCUGCUUUGAAAGUUGAUGAACUUGUAACCUCACUUUUGAGAAAAUUGACCUUUGAAUGUUUUGGUACCUACUGGAGAGCUCUUCUUUGUCUACACCCAUUUUCAUCAUCGUUCACACCCUUUUAAGCUUUAGCCCCAACCAUCUCUUUAAGGAUUCACAUGUGAAGUUGUUUUGCCACACAGCCUCACAUGUGAACACAAAGAUUACAAGACUAAAGGCUGGUGUAUACUACGGGUGUGUUCGUGAAUUUAAUCUGGAGUGCCAGAGUGUGCUCUGGACGUUGGUUAACUCAGAGCGUUGUCAGAUUGGCCGUUCGUAAAUUUAGAGUGUUUCGCUCUCGGAGCGCACACUGGACGCUCUGGCCGAAAAGUAGGGUUGAUCCCAGUGUUCUGACCUAACAACAGCAGUCAAGCACCCAAGCUAACUGGCUAACAUUGGCUAGCUACUUCCAGACACACAUUUUACUCGCCCUAGCAGAGCUGGUUAGGCUGUUUUAUCCAGAGCCUUGGUGACUGCAACUGUACUGGGGGUUGCGUUAUGAGUUGGGAUUAUGGUUCAUUGUUUAGCUAGCUAGCUACAUGUCUAAUCCAAAGACUCCACUAUGCAAGUAACUAUUUCAAUAGAAUGUUUAUGAUGUCACUGCGACAACUGUCGAUAGACGUAGCUGGUAAAUUCGCUGUGGCUAUCUACUCAGAUUUCAGAGCACUCGUGACUGCAACUGUACUGCUGGCAACAAUUUAAUUAUGCUUUUUUUUUGCCAACGUUUACUGACACCGGCCAUAUUCAACGGGUGUUGAGCGUUCGUAAAUGUGUCAGUUAUUCUGCGCUCUGGCACACUCAGACAAGUGCUCUGAAAUCUGAGUAGAUAGCCACAGCGAAUUUACCAGCUACGUCUAUCGACAGUUGUCGCAGUGACAUAAUAAACAUUCUAUUGAAAUAGUUACUUGCAUAGUGGAGUCUUUUGUUUAGACAUGUAGCUAGCUAGCUAAACAAUGAACCAUAAUCCCAACUCAUAACGUUACUACCCUGCAUGAAUCUGCAGGUAGCUAACCAACCAGGUUCAAUGUUAGCUAGCUAACAUUAGACUAUAACUAGCAAUGCAAAUGACUCUGAGAUACAAAUAAUAUUACUACACAGAUCAUACACGUAAUGUUAGCUAGCUAGCCAGCCAGCUAACGUUAGCUAGCUAGCUAACACUCACUUCAACUUGAAAUGAAAAUGACUUUCUGACAAUUAGAAACGUGUAAUAUCAGAAAAUGUAGCUAGCUAGACUCUCUUAACCAUAUACAUGGACGCUUCUCCCGCUCUGUCACGGAUGACAUGGUUGACACUUAGUUUGAAGAUGUAAUCCAGAGCCUUCUGUGUUCUCUUUUCGACUCCGUCUGCAUAUUUGCAAUCAAAUGCCAGAAUUUUCUCCAUCUCCUUAGCUAUCAUACUCUAGUUCCACUGAUUUCAAAACUCGGUCCUCCAGAAAGUGGAGAGCAACAAUUAUGCAGUUCUACUACGUGAUAUCUUUCAAAAACGCUGGGUUAGAAAGGAUUACCUACACAUACUGACCAGCUCAUAUUAUAGACAGAAGCAUGCUACAUGGCAGACCAAUCCGAACUCUUCUCUCGGCAUGUCCAGCCCACUCAUUAUCUCAGCCAAUCAUGGCUAGCGGGAAGGUUGCUGUCUUUUUCCAUGGCUAAACCAACUAGGCUCGUAAUUUAUCAAUUUUAUUCGUAUUUACAAAUGGCGUACAAGUUUGUUAUUAAGGCACAUGAAAGUUCAGAUGUUCCAGAAGGCAUUUCUGUCAAAAAACGCAUUUUGAUAAAUAAAAUAAAAGUUUACGUUCAAAUGCCUCUCCUGUGAAGUAGUGACGCGUGACAUACGCCUGGUUUCCUGAAACUAGUCACAUAUAGUGGGGAAAAAAAGUAUUUAGUCAGCCACCAAUUGUGCAAGUUCUCCCACUUAAAAAGAUGAGAGAGGCCUGUAAUUUUCAUCAUAGGUACACGUCAACUAUGACAGACAAAUUGAGAUUUUUUUUCUUCAGAAAAUCACAUUGUAGGAUUUUUAAUGAAUUUAUUUGCAAAUUAUGGUGGAAAAUAAGUAUUUGGUCACCUACAAACAAGCAAGAUUUCUGGCUCUCACAGACCUGUAACUUCUUCUUUAAGAGGCUCCUCUGUCCUCCACGCGUUACCUGUAUUAAUGGCACCUGUUUGAACUUGUUAUCAGUAUAAAAGACACCUGUCCACAACCUCAAACAGUCACACUCCAAACUCCACUAUGGCCAAGACCAAAGAGCUGUCAAAGGACACCAGAAACAAAAUUGUAGACCUGCACCAGGCUGGGAAGACUGAAUCUGCAAUAGGUAAGCAGCUUGGUUUGAAGAAAUCAACUGUGGGAGCAAUUAUUAGGAAAUGGAAGACACUGAUAAUCUCCCUCGAUCUGGGGCUCCACGCAAGAUCUCACCCCGUGGGGUCAAAAUGAUCACAAGAACGGUGGGCAAAAAUCCCAGAACCACACGGGGGGACCUAGUGAAUGACCUGCAGAGAGCUGGGACCAAAGUAACAAAGCCUACCAUCAGUAACACACUACGCCGCCAGGGACUCAAAUCCUGCAGUGCAGACGUGUCCCCCUGCUUAAGCCAGUACAUGUCCAGGCCCGUCUGAAGUUUGCUAGAGUGCAUUUGGAUGAUCCAGAAGAGGAUUGGGAGAAUGUCAUAUGGUCAGAUGAAACCUAAAUAUAACUUUUUGGUAAAAACUCAACUCGUCGUGUUUGGAGAACAAAGAAUGCUGAGUUGCAUCCAAAGAACACCAUACCUACUGUGACGCAUGGGGGUGGAAACAUCAUGCUUUGGGGCUGUUUUUCUGCAAAGGGACCAGGACAACUGAUCCGUGUAAAGGAAAUAAUGAAUGGGGCCAUGUAUCGUGCGAUUUUGAGUGAAAACCUCCUUCCAUCAGCAAGGGCAUUGAAGAUGAAACGUGGCUGGGUCUUUCAGCAUGACAAUGAUCCCAAACACACCGCCCGGGCAACGAAGGAGUGGCUUCGUAAGAAGCAUUUCAAGGUCCUGGAGUGGCCUAGCCAGUCUCCAGAUCUCAACCCCAUAGAAAAUCUUUGGAGGGAGUUGAAAGUCUGUGUUGCCCAGCGACAGCCCCAAAACAUCACUGCUCUAGAGGAGAUCUGCAUGGAGGAAUGGGCCAAAAUACCAGCAACAGUGUGUGAAAACCUUGUGAAGACUUACAGAAAACGUUUGACCUGUGUCAUUGCCAACAAAGGGUAUAUAACAAAGUAUUGAGAAACUUUUGUUAUUGACCAAAUACUUAUUUUCCACCAUAAUUUGCUAAUAAAUUCAUAAAAAAAUCCUACAAUGUGAUUUUCUGGAUUUUUUUUCCUCAUUUUGUCUGUCAUAGUUGACGUGUACCUAUGAUGAAAAUUACAGGCCUCUCUCAUCUUUUUAAGUGGGAGAACUUGCACAAUUGGUGGCUGACUAAAUACUUUUUUCCCCCACUGUAUGACAUGUAGCCUUUUUGAAAUGAUGUGCGCUUACAUUCACCUUGUCAUGUUUAUUCAAAUACUUUUAAUUCAAAUCCAUAUGGUUUGGUUUCAAUACUUAAAAACCAAAUGGUAGGUCCAGGUAGUCAAAAAAAAUUGAUGGGUGUUGGUUAAAUUGUGAUUUUAAUGAAUGGAGUUAAUUUGGAGCAGCAUUUAUUUUAUUUUAUUAUAUAUAAAAAAUAAAUAAAUUGCGUAGUGGUUUUGGAAAGGACAUGGAGCGCUUGAGCGGUGCACUAGCACUGCUCCAUGAGCUAUGAGCAGUAUUUCCAACCGCUCAACUCACAUACUUCCAACCACCUCAACUCACAUACUUCCAACCACCUCAACUCACAUACUUCCAACCACCUCAACUCACAUACUUCCAACCACCUCAACUCACAUACUUCCAACCACCUCAACUCACAUACUUCCAACCACCUCAACUCACAUACUUCCAACCACUUCAACUCACAUACUUCCAACCCCUCAACUCACAUACUUCCAACCGCUCUACUCACAUACUUCUAACCGCUCAACUCACAUACUUCCAACCGCUCAACUCACAUACUUCCAACCACCUCAAAUCACAUACUUCCAACCACCUCAACUCACAUACUUCUAACUGCUCAACUCACGUACUUCUAACCGCUCAACUCACAUACUUCCAACCACCUCAACUCACAUACUUCCAACCACCUCAACUCACAUACUUCCAACCACCUCAACUCACAUACUUCCAACCACCUCAACUCACAUACUUCCAACCACCUCCAACUCACAUACUUCCAACCCCACCUCCAACUCACAUACUCUGCCACCCAUACAACUCCUCCAUUGGGGGCUUAGGCCCCAUGUCAUAAUUUAGCUGGUAUUCAUUUUAACCAUCUGUCUCUCUCUCUCUCCCCCCUCUCAGUGUUCCACUCCAUAGACAGUGGAUGCUCCCGCAGGAGCUCCCGGGAUUCCUUAAACCUGUCCGACUCGGGCUCCGCCGAAGAGGUGGAGGAGGUGUGCGAGCUGAAAGGUAGAGCGAGGGGAGACAUUAAACGCAUGCUUCAUGGGAAGUAG